GUGUGGCUCAAUGGUGACGUCCCUGAUUCCGAAAUUAAUUAUAAAACUAAAGUUUAAUCCGAUGUGAAGUUAGCAGAGGAGAAAGAUACGUAUCAAGAAAAGGGAGGAAAUGGAAGCAGAUCAUCGCUGCGUCAUAAUCUGUGUCGUCAAACCAGGAAGUAAAAUCAAAACACGAGCAGUAGUCAAGAGUAGAAGUACGAAGCUGACAGUCCGCAGUUAUUUUGGACUUGUUACAGACCCCACUGGAUAACUUCACACGGCUCAAAGGUUUCAUUUAGUGGAGAAAACGUGACUUACAUUUCGAGCCAACGGACAGUAAACGGACGAAUCCUAUCAGAGCGCGUGCGUCACAGAGCGCGUUAGAGAGCAGCGGAUUAUUUAUGUUUCUACAUUAAACUCACCAAACAUUUUUUUUAUUUCAUCUACAGUCGGAUUAUAUUAUUAUUAACGGGGAUUAACGUUUCAAUUUAUUUAGUUAAGUAUUCAAAAAUAAAACACUAAAACCGGAAAUUAAUCGAUUUUUCCUUUUUUUCCACAAUAAAAUAAUCUAUCAUACACGGGUUUUAUACAGAAGGCUCUGGGAAUUAUAAUUCAAAAAAUGAAGACAAAACGAUUUUAAAAAGGUAAUUAGUAAAAUUCUCCUUAAGUUUCACCGCGAUUAAAUAUAUAUUUGGUACCGUUGGGAUGAGCGUUAUUUUUCUGGACUCUUAUUGUGAUAGGGCGUACACCGUAAGUCGUCAUUGUUUGUUUGUAACUAAACACAGGUAGUGUGUGUUUAUGUGUCCGGUCCGGUGCUCCUCAGGUCAGCUCUCACCUUCUUACCAAACUAUAAUGGAGCUCGUGGAGUGCUUCCACAGCGCGUGUGCCUCAUCUCUCCGUUUCACUGCACCUGUUCUCGUCGCGCGGGUCGUCUGCAGGUAGCCCGGCAGGUGUAGUGGUGCGCGGCUGAGCAGCAUGCGGUCCGAUGUGGAGUACAGCCCGGUGGGAGAGGGGCUGGGGAUGCGGGACUUCUGGCUGUAUGUGUGGAUGCGGAGGGUGGCGGUGAUAGCGGCUCAUGUCACCGGAGUCGGGCUGACCAUCAUCAUCUCCCUGCUGUCCAGACCCGGAACCAGUCUCUUUUCCUGGCAUCCAGUGUGCAUGUCUGUUGCAUACUGCUUCUGUUUGACUGAAGGCAUCCUCCUCUUCUCGGCUGAAGGAUCUCCCUUCUGCUGCAAAUCUCGGAAGAACAAAGUCUGUCUCCACUGGUUCUGUCAGGCUCUGGUUCUGAUCGUGGCGGGCACUGGGGUGGGCUUCAUGGUGGCCAGUAAGAACGUGUCAGAGCUCCCUCACCUGGUCACCUGGCACAGUAUACUUGGCGUCAGCACCCUGACCGCCACCAUCCUCCAGGCGGCAUUCGGUGUCUGUGUGAAGUUCCCUAAGCUGCUGCAUCUCUCCGCCCCCCCACCCAGAUUGAAGCUGUACCACGCCACAUGCGGCCUGGUGGUCUACUUGCUGUCCACGGUCACCGUGGUGUUGGCUAUGUUCUCAGACUGGUUCCAGGCUACGGUCAGAGGGAUCGCCUGGUGGGCCUUCCUGCUGCUGCCCCUCUUCCCCGCCCUUGUGGUGAUGAACCAGAUCACCAACGCCUACUUGCCCCGCAAGAAGAUCACUAGCUAGGGUGCACAAAGCGUUAGGCACUCAGCUACCAUACUGGAUUCACCAUGUACCUGGAUGUACACGGGAUCCUAUGGAGUCCUCCACUGAAGCUGCCUCUGAAGAUGAAAAAACUCAAGCAAAAAACUCCACAUGCUGCUUUUCCUUUAGACAUGAGAAAGAGGAGAACAUGGACUACAACACAGCAGUUACUGAAACCAGGACAUCCUUAUCUGUCAGAGUGGUCUGCUUAAAGCUAGGGUUGGUAGUCUCGGAAAACCAGCAUGAAUUUGAAUGUAGCUUUUCCUCAUGACUCCGUCUAACCCCUCCCCUCCUCCCUCGGAGCUCCUCCAAAACGACGCCCCCCCCCCCCCCCCCCCCCCGCUCACAUGCACGAGCGCCGCUGAUUCUCGACCAUAUGAUGGUGACUGAUUCAAAACCGGUCCUCACCACAACAUCAUCAUAGUGAAAGUUAAAAACACAAACAAACAUGGCUGCUGUUAGUACUCACAACUAUCAUGCUAGCAUUAUCCAGUUGUACUGGUGACACGAUAUCAGGAGAAAAGUUAUAACACAUAUAAUACUGUAACAACUCUACUGUUUGUUAAACGUGUUCAGUGUAGAUGUUCUUAAUUCCUACAGUGUUGACGGUCAGUGAAGGCAUCAGGAGAGGUGUAGAGUGUGUAAGUGGGAGAGAGGAGAGACAAGAGGAGAAGUUCUUCAUUCAUUCAAACAUUGAUUUAUGUUUUGUUGGUUGGCGUGAUCACGACCGACAGUGACCGGUUAUUAAAACUAAACGUGUUCACGAAUCGGCUCGUCAUCACUACAGCGUCCGGACGGACGCUACAAUAAAUAGAUAUUUUCUGUAGGACUUACUGAACGUCAUUAAUUAUUCUGCUUGUUGGUGAGAGCUUUUUAGACUCUGAUCCGGACUACAGUCCUGAGCAAAGUACCUCAUCAGGUCAGAGGGGACAGGCCCGAGGACGAGCGAGAGGGGCAGUCAGUAAAGUCAGGGGAAGUAGAGGCAGGAGACGGGGACUCGGAGGAGUGCACGCCGGGGAAAUGUACGCGCAGGAGGAGGGCAGAACGGCUGGACAGGAUUUGAUUGGUUUAAAAUUUGGGGAGCCAAAAAUCGGUGAUUGGUUGGUGUUUUCCCAGGUUAACUCCGGCUGUAGAUAGCAGCUUUUUUUCACUCUUUUUUAAGAAUACAUUAUGUAUUGAUUGCCAUCAGGACAUAAAGAUCAUUUUUACCAGUAUAACAAAAAGUGUAUCUAAAUCUGAUUACCAACCCCAGCUUUAAAAUCACAGAUCGGUAUAAGAAGUGGAAAAAGCCUCAGUGAUGUCAUCCAUUGUUGUGUUGUGUAGAGGGCGAAGCUGGACAGCAGUAAGGGGUUCAAAUACACAACUUAUCAACUAAGACUAGCGCUGGCUCGGUUAGCGAGAUGUAUCCAAAGUUAGCAGAUAUAUACAAUAUCUUUAAAAAGCUGAAACAGGCUUUAAACAAAAUGUACUCACUGAUAAACUUAUCUACUCCUUAGACUGAACUUACAAUGAAUUAAUGAGUGCUGGACUCCUUUAUUAUACAUUUUAUCCUGAUUUAAAACAUAUAUGUUAAGAACACAGUGUGUUGAGGAAGACCAAAAACUAAGAACUGAGCCUUUUAUCUCAGGUAAUAACGGAGAGAAGCUACAUUUUCUACAUGUAGUUUCAAACAGUAGAACCAUUAGAGUCGCCCCCUGCUGGUCAUUUAAAAGAACACAGAUUUGAGGCUUCAGUCUUCUGACCCUGAAGCUCCUGGGAGGACGUUUCGACGUUCAUGGCUCCCCGUGUGGAGAAAGCUUACAUCUUCUCUCUUUGCUGAAUUUGUCCUGAACAUGUCAGUAAUUAUUUAUUACAAAAAGCAUCAUCCUGCAGUUUUCUGCAUCCGUCAGACGUUUCCCUCACUUUGAAUCUCUGUGGUGGGAAGAUUUCAAGAUUCUCCUGAGGGUCUGUUUGGCCUUGUAUCUCAUAGAGAGGCAUCAGUGUUCAUUUGAAGUCUGCUUCAUAACUAAGCGGAUUUUUUUUUUCUAACGGAACAGUUCAGAAGAUAUGAGUUUUUGCCCAAAUAAGGACAUGACUGACUUGACUGACAGGCGGGAACACAUAGCUGUUGGCUAGGAGGCUCAAUCCCCGUUUUUUUACCUCACACUAUGCCUGGUUGAGUUCAGCAUUACCAAUAUGGCUGCCGCUUACGAUUGGCUUCAAAACAAUGCUCAGGAACAGUCUAUGUUCAUAACCUGCUGAAAUCUCCUCACAGGAGCUUUAAGGCUGUGUCCACGUCUUAUACAUGGUCUUUACUUAGAGCAUGGCCCUAGUGGCCAGUAGAAGAACUGCAGCUUUAAGUACUAAAUAUUUUUGCAUUUAUGACGUCUUCAUGCUCUGACUGAAGUAAGAAGCAUAUAUAUAUUCACAAAGAGCAAUCGCUAGAGCUCUACCAUUGUGGGAGAUUCUAGAUUAUUGCUGGGAGGACAUCUCGGAUUAGAAAUUUCAGUCAAAGGAGUAUUUCACAUUAUCUGAUCAUGUCAGUAGUUUCAGGUGCAGACUGCUGUCAUGACGCUUUGAAUCACAUGCUUUAGACAGCGCUGAAAGUAAAGCAAGUUACUGAAUCCGAGUUCAACUCUGCAUUAGAUUUACUACAACAAAUACUUGAAUACAGGAGCAUAAUGUAAAACAUAAUGUCUGAUUAUGAUAGUGUAUAUCUAUAAUCUGUCAUAUCAUUCAGAUUAUGUUGGUCAACAUAUCAGUCAAGCGCUACUAAUGUUACUAUGUACAACACAGGAUGACCACACUCCACAUGUACACACAUGAAACACCUGACACAGGUGAUUCUUAAAGACUACUGAAGGCCAGCACGUACUGAGGGCUCCAUGUUUAUGGAAAUAUUUGCAGCCAGAGUCUAACAGAGUGUACGCAGACUAGUUUCUGAUGAAGCACCUACUGCUGCGUGUGAUGACACAGCGUCAGCUAUGACGGGGCUGUUAUUAGUUAUAUUCCCGCCUGUAUGUUAUUUAUUUUUCCUUUUCUGAUGUUUUUAUGUUUUAGUUUUUGUCCGUUAAGAGGUGUGUACAUGUAGCAUAUUCACAAGUUCAAUCAAUAUGUGAGCAACAGUGUGUUGUUGACGAUCGGAUGUGAAACAAUGAGAUGUAGAUGAAGAGCUACAUGUAGAACCUCUUCCUCCUGAGAUACUGUUAUCUUUUGUUUGUGUGCACAUGUGACCGCUUUCUGUUUUCAAGUUUUGGUCUUCUUUCCAUAUCUUUGUGUUUUAUUUUGUUUACUUUACUAAAGAAAAUGUUCAACCAAACCUAUGCUUACCAUAAAAGACUGAAGGGAUCAUCUGCCAUCCCUCCAAGAACUGAGGUACCAAAAUAGAACCAACCUCCUCCUUCAUGACUGAAAGAGCUGGAGCUAGAGUCAUCACUGAAGAGUUCAAUUAAAAGACAUGAAAAUGAAAUUAAAGAAAACCUUUCAUCAAGUUCCAGUUAAUGUCACAAGUUAAGAACGUAUCCACACAUUAUGAAAAACAGAACGAGCUCUGAAGUGAACUCUUAUUACAGAAAACAGGGUAGAUAAAUACACAGAUGUAUGUCCACUUGGGUCUUCCGUAGGCAGCUGCAGGUCCUUUUAUUUGACGUCUGAUAAUCAAGACACUGGGUCAGAGAGAUGAAUGUGAACGACUUUAAAAUGAUGUAAGAGAAUCUGAUCCACUGAGACCAAAUGGAUGUACCAGUCCUCUCGCACCUUAACUCAAUCAUUUAUUUGUAGCUCAUGCAAACAUAAAUCUGGAGUCUCUUUUUUUAAAUAUUAGCAAAACUGUUUUCAAACUACAAACAGAGUCUUUGUUCAGCUUCUUUCUCAGGACUUUUCUGUGUGAGCGGCUCAGAGUGUUACUGAAGACGUCAGACUGAGUUGUGGGUUUGCAUUUAUAUGAUCUGUUUCUGCUACCUGUGAACCUUCUGUAAUAAACACAUGACAAACUGCA